AUGGCCAUAAUGGCGGCCACAUCACGCUCGGGAAUGUUAGAAAUUUUCACGAAAGAUGGGUGGAAACGAGUACUGGCCACUCUUGAUGACGAUGUUUUAACUCUUAAUGUAGAAGAUAACUCUGCAGUGAAUGGCCAGCCGGCUUCCCCUAGCCCGCCGCGUUCACCAGAAGCGAACGACCAUGUGGAACCGCCACAAACGAUCGCGGACCAAAUACGUACCGUGCGUGUGAUAAAGCAAGAAGUCGGUGGUUUAGGCAUCAGUAUCAAAGGUGGUAAGGAGAACAAGAUGCCUAUACUCAUUUCUAAGAUUUUCAAAGGGCUAGCUGCAGAUCAAACGGAGAGUUUGUACAUAGGAGAUGCUAUUUUGGCAGUAAAUGGCGAAGACCUUCGCAAUGCUACUCACGACGAAGCCGUCAGGGCGCUGAAACGCGCCGGCAAAGAGGUCGAUUUGACUGUGAAAUACGUUAAAGAAGUUACGCCUUAUUUCCAUCGUACAGCUGAAUCAAACGCAAGUGGUGCUGCAAAUGGUAGUGCUAACAGUGAUCAAGGAGGAAGCAAAGCGAAUUGCAUCGAAGUGAAGAAAAUUCCCCUCAAGUUGUGCUUCGUUACUAAACACGUUUCGCCGAAGGUGGAAAGUCCUGGAAGAACUUUCGAGCUUUAUAAUCCUGAUGGCAGAUCGGCUUGUAUUUUGCGAGGAAAAGAUGGAUCGUCGGCCAAUCAAUGGUUUAUUGAUAUUCAUACAAAUAUCACACGGUUGAUUACAUCAGGUAUGUUGUGUAUCGUAUCAUGCGAUUUCACGACUCAACAAUUUGCGCCAUAAAAUUGGGCGUCGAAGUCGGAAAUAUCAUUCGCGAUUUUUUUUACAAACGAUCUCAAUCUUCUCGAUCAUCGGAUUUAGGGCUUAACUCUUCACUUAUCUUCCAGAGGCGGGGUGAAUUAACUAAUUCGUAGUUUUUAUUCGGCAGUUAUGGCGAAUCGUGUUAUUUUGCAUCUGCAUGCUUGAAAUUGCGAACUCUUAAAAACACUAACUAAAUUUUCCCUUAACGCGGCUUAUUUCUUAUAUUCCUGAUCUGUUAAGUGCUUGUUACUUGAAAAAAUAAAUCGAGGGUUUUAACAAGCGUUUUUCAAUCACCCUUCUUUCUUUGUAAAUAAAGUUCGGGCGAACAGCUGGGAGAAUUUUUUGGAAAUUCAAUUAUUAUGGCACUUUUGAGUGGAGAGCAUUGUUCGCACCUUCCUGUUUACUGUUCCUGUGAUUCAUAGACAGUCAAAACAUUCCUGUCAGUGUUAAUGGCUUGUUUACUGAACAAAGACAAAAAAUUAAGAUGAUAUAUUUUGUCAAGCGCUCUGUUUUAGCUGUAUUUAAGAUUUCAUGCUUAUCUCUUCAAAAAAUAUGACCCGUAUUUUCAAGAAACGAAAACUUGUUGAAGUGGUCGAAAUACAUUUCUGAUUCGAGCUUACAAAAUGUAAAUGUUCAAAAUUUUUCCUAUAAAACAAAGUAUCUGUUUUUGUCUCUGUAUGUGGAUAUCCAAGCCUGUAUCUAAGUUUAGUUUUCUUGGUUUAAGUUUGCAGCAAGACUUUUCGAGCUGAAUAAUUUGCCCUACGCAUUCAUUAUUCAGAAGAUUAAAACUGAUAUUUAAUAAAUCAACCGUAGCAUUUCUUUAAGAAAUCAAUGAACAUGAAGUAGCAUAUAGUGAAACUCGGAUACAAAUUGCUGGUACAUGACUUUGAGGUCCUUUUGUGGCGUAAAGAAUAAAUUCUCAGUUUUACCAUAUAUAGUCUCCACUGAAAGGGCAUUUGAGGAGGGGGCUUUUAACUGAGGCUAUUUAUUAUUCCUUGAGACGUAAUGGGCUAUUGACUCAGAGGCCGUGAGGGCGAGAGGAAUAACUGUUUUAGUAAAAUCCAACCAGUUGGUCAAAAAUAUCGAGACAAAACAACUUUAGCUUGUUAAAUCUGGACUUUAACCCUUUUUUGCCGCCAAAAAUCCGGCACUUUUCGCUACUAGUGGGCUAUAACAUAUAGCCUAGUAGUAGCUUAAUCAAUCAGAACACAGCAUUGAUAAUAGACCACUUGUUGGAUUUUACUAAAAUCACAUAGCCAGCACUGGACUAAGUUUUGACUGGCUGAAAAUUUGUUCCUCAUAAUGCGCUGUUCACACAGAACCACCUUUUCAACCAACGUUUCAGGAUUUUGGGUUUUUCUGCAACAUCCAGCGAACUGUUACCGUAGCAUCCACUGUAAUAACGAGCAAUAACAGCAAUAAUGAACAGAAGCUGACAAAAAAAUGUGUUAGUGGCAAUGUACCGAUUCAUUUUCACCCUUCCAUCUCUGUGUUUCACUUGGAUUUGGAAGCUCCAUAGGAACACUUGAAACUUGCCAUGUUUCAGUCUGUAAGAAGAUAAAAAACUUAGAGCUAUAAAGGUAAAACUUACUGCGCUUUUCAAAAAUAUGCGACCAAACUUUGACAUUCAAAAGCAAUGAACCUUGAAACACAAAAAAACGGAUCAAAAUCCACCCAUCACAAAUCGCAAACCAUGACCUGACAUUAUAAUGGACAUAAUUUAUAAUUCUCAUAACCUUUAAUUCCUUUGAUGAUGUAUUGAUGUUGUUAGAAUAAAUUAUAUGUUGGUCUCUCGUAGGAAUUAAAGGGUUAAUAAUAUUGAGAGAUGAAGUUAACUUUGGUUUUCCAAGUUAAUGUAAUUUGUUUUCUGUAAAAUUAAUUUCUAGAACUUUUCUGGAAUAUUAUUGUCUGUGUCCUAACUCUUUUUUUAUUUUUGCUUCUAGCCAUUGAAGAAGUUAAUGACAUGCUUAGUUCAGAUUCCGGUUAUCGUGAAGUACAGGCCAUGGGAUGGCUUAGUGAACAAGUUCAUCUUGGUGGAGACAGUUCGCACACAGACUGGAAACCUGUAUUUCUUGCUCUUACUGAGAAAGACAUGCUAUUAUACGUGGCAGCUCCGUGGUCACGCGACGACUGGAGUGCUCCUGUUACUAGCCAUCCCUUGUUAGCAACAAGGUGAGUUACAAUAUUGUACACUAAAGUGCAGUGAUAAAGAUAUUAUAGUGGAUUGGGAAAAUGUGAUAAUCAGCAUGUCACUAGCAUGGGUCAAAGAAAAAAUCUUGAUUUCUCGACAGGAUGUAAAAAAAAUUCACCAACUUUCUUUAUUUCAUGUAAAAUGCUCUCAGCACUGCUGAACCUAGCAGUAUGCAGCAUGCAGCAUGCACCAUGCAUGUCAAAUAUUAACUUAGAAUAUAGACUUCCUCUCUAGGAGUCUUUAUUUAAUGGUGCUUGAGAGGUUGCACGUUUGAAUCCUGUCGGGACACAAGAUAUUUUCCUUGCCCCACGCUCAUGACAAGCUUGCAAUUCCCAUUCAACAAGCUCAAAAUUCAACAUCUCUUGUUUCAUUUUAAUAGAUUGUUACAUAUAUAAGUAUUAUGGUUAUAAAUUAUUAAUAUUAUCUGUUAGGUUACUGAAAAUGAGACAGCAUAAUUAUAUGGUGAUUAUAUAGGUGAAAUUUUAGUCAAAACAACUAUGCCUGAUGAGGCAAAACAUUCAAUUGUUUUCUUUGACUGAUAUGGUGGAAUAUUUAAUCACUAGUGUAUUCCUUUCCUGCUGAGCUAGAGUAUAGGCUCUGAGUUAAAUAAGUGCAGCCCAGUCACAAUGAGCCAGCAGCCACCAAUUUUGCUGCCUGCUCAAACCUUAAAGAUUUAAUAAUAUGAAAUGUAAUAGCUGGUCAAAAUUAAGUUCUGGUUGAAUUUGUUAACAUGUGUUGCUUCUCAAUUUCCUUUAUCUCCUAGUCCUAAUUCAUGAACAACUAUGACUAGGAAAAGGAAAUUGAGAAUCAACCCAUGUUAACAAAUUAUAACCUGAUUUUUAUCAGGGUUCUUGAUAGGAUUUAAAGUAUACGUCUGCCGAACCUUACGUAGGCAGCUGUGACAAACAGAGGGGCCAUAGACUAGGGAAGGAAAAGCAGCAAAAAGAGUGCAAAGUAAGCGGCUACAAAUUCUAAAGUAGGCAGAUGCUGGCUUCUGUUGAGAGCCGUGUUUAUUUCGAGCUACAACACAUUUAAGUUGGCCAUAAUGACUAUUUUUAAACUUAGUGUGAGUGGCAAACUUUUUCCAUUUUUUUUUUCAAUUAAAAUGCUUACAUCUAGACAAACUGUCAUAUCAAAAUUUUACUUUUGCAGACUUGUUCAUUCUGGGCAAGGCAGUACUCACAUUCAUCAAGAGGACCUGACAUUUGGAACUCGUACUGGUACAAGAAAAGGAGUAGAGGCGCAUAUGUUUAGAGUGGAAACUCCAAGAGAGUUAGCUAACUGGUCACGCAGUUUGGUGCAGGGAGCCCAUGAUGCUGCUACACUGAUUAAAGAAAUAAACUGUGGUAAGAGCUUUACCACUAAUAACUGGUGUUACAGGUUAUGAACCUUAACAACAGCUCUGGCACUGGUGCCUUUUUUUGUUAAACAUAUGACAGUAAUAGUACAUAAAAAUGUGCAGCAAGGCUGUGACUCAGCAAAACCUGGUGGCCUCUGUUGACUUUUUUUUGUCUUUUGACACCAAGGAAGUCUUAUUUUUGCACAAAACUUAGGUUCCAAGCACCCUAAACUUGUUAUGUUCAGCGCUUCUUGGCUCCCUUACAACCUUCCCAAGAGCACAACCUUUGAACAAUCAAUUGUGUCCAUCUAAGAAAGGUGUUUGCCUUAUCAAGAGUCAAAGAAAAUAAUGAAGAAUGACAGAGACCAUGUCUAGUCAGGGUUUUCACUAAGAAUACUAGUAGCAGGAGAAAGGUGUAACGUUACAGGAGAAUAUUUUGAAAGAGGCUUCAUGUCUGAAUUUAAGAUAGUCAUAGGCUACUGAAGAUUUGCUGGAGAAUUUUGCAUGGUUAACAGAGAAUUCUCUGAUCUCCGAUGCCUGAUGAACAGCCUGUCUAGUCCAUUAACCCUUUAAGCCGUAAUAUCCACAUAACAAAUUCUCCAAACUGAUCUCCAUACAUUUUCUCAAAGAAUUAGGUGAGAAGAUUUGACAAAAGAUUAAAAUGUUUUCCCUUCGUUGAUAGUUUUAAUAAUUUUUUAUAACCUUUUAUCUUGUUUUUGUAAACUGAUGUUGUCAGGAGAAAGUUGACGUUGGUCACUCUUGGGACCUAAAAGGUUUACUUAAGAGAGAGAAGAUGCUGAUAUUUAAAAAAAGCAAUUUGGACAUUUUAUAGUUGGAUUUUUUUUGUCAACAGCUGUAACUUGGAGAGACCAAGAUGCUCGUCUUACUGUUCACUAUGAAAAUGGAUUCACUCUGACUGAUGCUCGUAAUGAAGGCAAUGGGCGAUCACAGGUCUUGUGGUACUUCCCAUUUGAAAAACUGAAACGCUCAGCUGAUGACGGACAAAGAAUGCUGUGGUUAGAAUUUGGAGCUGAUGAGUCAGACCAGGUAAUGAAGUACAAUGUAGCUGAUGACAGUUGUUUUAGCUACAGUAUUACUAAUCAUUUUCAAGGCAUGUGAAAAAAAAAAAAGAAUAAAAUGAUGAAAAGAUUAUUCCUAGCCUGGAAAAGGUACUAACGAGCAAAAAUGAAAUUUUAGCUCAAUAAAAUGGUUUUGAUGUCACUUAAAAGUCAUGGAUUUUUUUGUUUUUAAGAACAGCAAUCCCAGGGAUAAGCAUACUACAUAUUUUACAAAUUUCAGGGCGUAAUAAACUAUGAGUUCUCUGCUACUCAUUACAGUCUGCGAUAUUUCUGUAUGACUCUUGCUGUUUCUCUCCCAAGAAUCAUCCUUCCUGAAUUUAAUCUCACAAAAUGUCUUUCUCUACAGGAAUUGGAUCUAGAGUUGGAUCUUCAUGGCUGCCCCAAACCAGUAGUGUUUGUUAUGCACACUUUCUUGUCAGCAAAAACAACUCGCCUUGGUCUCUUCGCUUGA